AUGCAGGAAUCGGGGUUGAAGACCACGCCUGCAGAAGAAAGUAGGAAUGACCAGCAGAAGGAGGAUCCAAUUACGACCGCUGAAUUGGCCAUACUGGCACAGAAAAAGCUCCCUAAGCAAGUAUGGGACUAUUAUGCCUCCGGAGCGGACGAAGAGAAUGCAUUGAGGAGGAACAGAAGUGCAUUUGACAGAUUACUCUUACGGCCCAGGGUUUUUCGAGAUGUCUCUCAUGUUGAUACUAGCACUAUCAUAUUUGGCAAAAAGUAUCGAAUCCCGAUUGGAAUUUCGCCUAGUGCAAUGCAACAGCUUGUGGGUGGUAAUGGGGAAAUUGAUAUGGCCAGAGCGGCAGCUAGUCGGGGAACCACCAUGAUCCUAUCAUCGCAUACAACAUGCACGUUAGAAGAUGUCAUUCAAGCACCAGGUGGAGGCAACCCAAAUCGAGAGAGAUGUGCGCAGGUGAUAUCGAGGUUCCAAGGUAACCGCAUUAAUGAGCGAAAAACACCGUUAGUUCUACCUCCUCAUCUUUCCCUCGCAAAUCUUCACCAAAAGAGAAAUAAUUCUACCACAAAAGUGAAGCCUCUGAAAGCACAACCGACAAUGAAUCGUAUACUCCUGGAGGCGCGCACUGCUCAAGAAGCCGCUGAAAUCACCCGCGGAAACCACGACACCCUCAACGAUGCAUCGCUCACCUGGUCCGACACCAUGUCUUGGCUACGCUCAAAAACCAACCUGAAAAUAAUCCUAAAAGGCAUAAUGACCGCAGAGGAUGCAUUAUUGGCCAUUGAACACGGCGCUAACGCAAUAAUUAUGGAGGCCGCCAAUUGGACUCUGUCCCUUCCACUAUCGAAGUGA